AUGAGCCAGCCCCGGGAAGUCAAGCAAGAGCCGGAAAACGGAGUCAGAAACUCGCCGCAAAUGUCGCCGGCGCCCCGGCCUGCUUCUGGCGGCGAAUGGAACGUCAUCCCGUUGAAAGCGUGUACCCAGGCAGAACUUCAAGAUACACGCAACCACAUCAUUCGGUUCCAAACAAAACAGGACGUGGACAUUCUUAAAAACUUCAUGCAGCCAGUCAGAUUGCACCGCAAGGAUCCGCAGAACAUCCAGUUCCAUCUCUCGCGGGAGGAGAUGGACAAGAGACGGAAAAACGGCAUUCCGGCGGAAAACCAGCCCCAGGAGGUGGUUUACGAGGACGAAGACGGCAAUCCGAUCCAGCGGGCCGACAUGUCGCAGGUUGCCCCCGACGGCGGCGCCAGAAGACACCGGCGCAACCUUUUCAAGCGGAAAACGAAGCAGGUGCACAUGAUGGACGAGAAAAAGCGAAAGCUCCGGUACGAGGAGUACUAUCCGUGGGUGCUCGAGGACUACAACGGGAAAAACGUGUUUGUGGGCAGCUACGAGGCCGGCUCUUCGGAAACAACACAUGUUCUUUUCGUCUUUGACAAGGACGGCUUCAAAAUGGUCCCGGCAGAAAAAGUGUACAAGUUCACGCCCAGAAACAGAUACGCCACGCUCACGUUGGAAGAGGCCGAGGCGAAAAUGGAGAAAAACCAAUCGGCGCCACGUUGGUUGAUGAAGCACAUGGACGAGGACGACAUGCGGUUUCGCCGCAAUGGCCUGUUUGGUGCGCCGGUCACUCCUCUGGCUAUGAGUCUGAGUUCUUCCGGCAGCCGUUUCCGCAUGAAAACAGUGCAAGGCGAGUCUGCGGGCAACGAACGAGACUCGGACCAUGACGACUUGGAUUUUGACGAGGAAUUUGCCGAUGACGAAGAGGCACCCAUUAUGGACGGCGACGAAGAAGAAAACAAGUUGCUGGAGAAGAAGAUCAAGAAGGAGAUGCUCAAGGCGGCACACUUUGACGGCCAGCUGGACGUGGACGAUGACGACGACGACCUCAACGACUUGUUCGAGGUGGAAAAGUCCCGGAAAGUAGACAAAGAGGGCAAGAAGUUGAAGAAAGUGUUGAACAAAACCGAGGGUGGCGUGUACGACUCCGACAACGAAGACGAAUUCUUGCCACACGUGUCGCUGUCUGACUUGGAAAGUCAAGACGAGUCCGAGCCGGAAAUCACCGUAAAGACCGAAGAUACAGACGGAGUCGAGCCGCUUCCGCUUCGCCGCUCGAUUUUCGUGAAAAAGGCUGGAAACGGAUAUGUGGUGAUCCGGGCGCCAAAGCAGUUCUUGCAAGGGUUCCCGCAAGGUGAAUGGAACCCCAAUGCGAAGAAACGGGCUCAGACUUUUGAAGCGCCCGGUGUCAAGAAACCCAGAAUCGAAUCACCUAGUGCUCUGCCUGUGCCAGACGGCCAGGCCUCUGAUUUGAAUAACCCCGGUCCUAAUGGCGAGUUGGUGACUACAACGGAAGUGUUGGAUAUCGUGAAGAACAAUCCACUCACAACAAAGGAGUUACUUUUGAAACUCAAGAGUCGUAUCAGUGCACACAAGGACAAUAAGCUUCGGAUAAUCACGAUCGUGAAACUGAACCUUCGGUUGGUAGAUGGAAAGCUCGUACUUAAGUCGUAG